AUACGAGAGACGUACUUAGAUGUCAUAGGGGUCUUUGAAAAUAGUAGCAUUAGUGUAUUUAGAAGCUCUGCGGGGUGCAUUAGUGGGGGAUAGGGGAGGAGAUUUGGAGAAGUGGGGGAAGAGUUCAAUAGCUCCUAUAUCGACUUGAGUGGUAAGUACUUCUAGUCCUUGUGUAACAUGGACACUUUUAAGGUUCUAUUACCAAGUAAUACAGUCUUAUCAGAAGAAAGUGGUACAUGAAUUCUAUUCCGUGUGCGGAAGUUGUAGCCGGUUAUCAGCGGCCGGUGAAGAAGGUGAGCUGAGAAACGCGGGGAAUACCGAGCUCUAUCCGGUUCGUGUAAGAGGGCGCGAAUGAGCUGACCUUAUCUUUCACCCCUUCCUGCCCUUCUCCGGCAUUCCAAUUGCCGCGUCCAUAAGGCAUGUGGUACAUUAAUAAUAACUCAAAUUCCCAUCUUAGACCUUUCUUCCGCUUCUAUGCUACCUAAGUAAUAUCUUGUCAACAUCUUGUCUUUUUGACGUCACAUCUAAGUCGUCGUUAAAAAACAGGCGUCUACAUUCUGGGUUCAACUAACAAGAUGGUCUUCUUCCUCGACUACAUCCAACAUAAAAAAGACUGCAAGUUUAAGCAGAAUGAGCGUGCAGAGAGACUUCGGGCUUUGACCAACUAUCGUGGCCCCUUUACCCCGCUGGACCGAGAUAUCAUCAAUAAGCCCAUCGAAGAAUUGGUCGAAAAUGUACAUAAGGGUGAGCUUGAGCCCAUUGACCUACUGAAUACGUAUGGAAAGGUUGCGCUCAAAGCACAUGAGAAGACGAAUUGCGUAACUGAGGUUAUGGUCUCUGAUGCUGAACGUUGGAUCGCGGAUGGCUCCAUCAACUUUAAGGGUCCACUGGCUGGUAUUCCGAUCAGCUUGAAAGAUACAAUUAAUGUUGGCGGGUUUGAUUCGACUGUUGGCUACAGCAGCUUCGUUGGUAACAAGCAGCCGCAAGAUGGUGCUACUGUUAGACUACUCAAGGAUGCCGGUGCUGUUCCUUACGUCAAAACCAACCUACCUAUCACAUUACUCAGUUUCGAAUCUACGAAUGACGUCUGGGGACGAUGUACCAAUCCGCAUAAUAGCAAAUACUCUCCUGGAGGAUCGACCGGCGGCGAAGCAGCCCUAUUAGCGUUGGGUGGACGAAUUGGAAUCGGAAGCGAUGUCGCUGGCAGUGUCCGAGCCCCGGCCCAUUUCUCCGGUAUCUACAGUCUGCGAUGCUCAACUGGAAGGUGGCCGAAAGCAGGCUUUGCGACAAGUAUGCCUGGUCAAGAAGGCGUGCCCAGUGUAUACAGCCCUAUGUCCAGAACCUUGAAUGACCUGACAUAUUUCACCCGUGCUAUAAUUGGUAUGCAACCAUGGAAGUACGACCACUCUGUUCAUCCUAUACCGUGGAGAUCCGACGUGGAAGAAGAGUAUGCGACAAAAAGCAAAUUACGCGUGGGCGUAAUGAGAACCGAUGGUGUGGUUGAUCCUAGUCCUGCAUGCGUACGCGCAUUAGAUAAGGUAGAAGCUGCCUUGAAGGAAGCCGGCCACGAGAUUGUCGAGGUUGACGUACCGUCGCCAUACGAAGCACUUAAAAUUGGUGCUCUCCUAUUGAACGCCGACGGCUGCAAGGUGUUUAAGUCCUUUUUCCGCUCCGGCGAAUGGAACGAUCCGGGAGCUCACCAGAUGGAUUGGCUCAUACGGCUUCCGCGCCCGUUCAAGUUUCUCUAUUACCUAUGGGUCAAGUACGUCCGGCGAGAUGAUAUCUGGGCUGGCCUUGUCAAAGAUUGGCACGAGAAGAGCGCGUACGAACAGUGGCAAUUGGUUGCUCAGCGCGAGGCCUAUAGGGGAAAAUUCUUUGAAUGGUGGAAUAAUGCGGAUGUCGACUUCUUAAUCACACCUCCUAAUGCCACACCAGCUGUGCCUCACGAUGGUAUGAAGGAAGCUGUAAGCAGUUGUGGCUACACGUUCCUGUUCAACAUUGUUGAUUAUACUUGCGGCAUCAUUCCAGUGACACAUGUCGAUAAGACCCUCGACAAGCUGCCGCCUACCUUCAACAUUAGGAAACUGAAUGGUGUUGCUCAAGGUGCAUACAAGCUUUAUGACGCCGAGGCGAUGCACGGAUUACCAGUAGGCGUACAGAUUGUUGGGCGAAGGUUAGAAGAGGAGAAAGUACUUGCCAUUAUGAAGAGAGUCGAAGACGCACUCGGAGAUGACAAGUAUCAACUACUCGAUAUAGAUUGAUUGAUGGUUUCAGACCGAGACAUUGUUAUAGAUCCGACGAUAUUAUAAGAUACCAUGUUUGCAGCGGUUUCGUGGCAGAUUUAUUAUUAGACAGGCCACUCAAGCAAGACCAGAAUCAAGACCAGAAUUUAACGAAUUACUACUUGCCUCCAAAGCUUUGGUGGAAUCAUGUGCGCAUCAUCCCUGGACAUGUUGGAGAUGGUGCAUUCCUACGAAGUCCGAUCUCGGGCGACCUUACGGCCGGUUGGUACGAGUCGGCUCCCUUAUAUAAAUCUCCCUAGACAGCGAAUAGGUUCGGAAUAAAUAUCUA